AUGGAAAAAUUUUUUACCAACAUUGAUUUAGUCACUUAUAUGUGUAAAUUCUUAAAUUUCGAACAACAAUUACAAUUAGCCCAAGUUUCCGUAAAAAUCUACAAAUUACAAUUAAUUGCAAACCGAGAUUCCGAUGAGAGUAUAUGGAAUGUUUUAACUUUUGGGCUUAAAUUCCCAAAUCUUACUGAACUACAUUGUCGGAAUAUAAAAUUGGAAAAUACUGAUUUGCAACAAGUGGCGGAGAACUGUCCAAACAUCGAUACAUUGUUACUAAAUAAUUGUCUUAGACAAAAAGGUAGAUUUUCGGAAAUUGGACUUAAUAUAGAUAAACAAAUUCUCAAUGCUAUGCAGAAUUUGAACAAUCUUUGUGUAUAUAACUGCCAUUACAAUUUUGCAUGUCUUAAAGAUAUUGUUAAACAACUAAAGUUGCAGCAAUUCACGGCUAAUGAUGGAGGUUUUGAAGAUUUGAAGAAGAACGAUUUAAAUUUAAGUAAUUUCAAAUAUUACAAAGAACUGGAUUUGCCAAAUUUUAAAGCCUAUUCCGAUUUCUUAUAUUUUCAAAUAAAUUUCUUGACACACUUGGAAAAUCUUUGCCAUUUAAGUCUAGGCUCUAUUUCCGUACCAAACAAAAUUUCCAUUACUAAAAAAUUCUUUUAUGAUUUAUCGAAAUCUUGUAAAAGUUUAACACAUCUACACUUACGAAGAUUCAUUACAAAUGAUUUCAUAGCCUUGAAUACAUUAACUGAACUUUAUAUAGAUGAUUGCGAAGGAUUAAAGUAUUCAAAUUUGAAAACUAUAUUAAGUGAAAUGCAUUUAAAAUGUUUUAAAUCCUAUCGUACCAAAUAUGAAGGAAAUUUUGAAAAUUUUUCUAUUUCUCAAACAUUGCAAAAAGUCGAUAUAGAUUUAUAUGACAACAAUGUUAUUAUAAAGUUAUUAGAGCUUAAUGAAGCAAAUCUCUUGAACUUAACAGAAUUUCAUUAUAGUGAUGCUGAUAACUUGAAAGUUUCUAAGUUUGCCCAAAAUAUAAAAGUUCUUAGUACAAAUACAGGCAAGUUGAUAGCUGAAGAUUGUUUCAAAUUGAAAUAUUUGCAAGAGAUCAUACUAACUCAUAGCAGUAUUGCUAUAUCUGAUUUGCUGCUAUUGCUAAAACUUGAAAAUUUAUAUAAAUUAUCAUUUUGGAAUAUUGUUUAUUCCUAUGACCAAGCUUUUGUUGUUUUAAGUGAAAUGAAAGCUUUUAACACAAAUCUUCAAUAUCUACGGUUGUUUAAACUUUUAAAGGGUUUCAUAAUAGACUUUUUGUUCGAUUUCUUAAGUAUGAAUACACAAUUAUCGUUUGCAUGUCACAUCGAAUAUGCGAAGUCAAUAGCAGAAAUCGUGAGUCAUGAACAAUUUCCAAAACGUUUUAAAAAUAUUAACGUUUGCGGUGUUUCUAUAGAUUGUAAUUCUAUUCGGAAUCGUUGUGAGAAAACUAUGGAUCAAAUAUGUGAUCUUAUCAAAACGUUAGAAAUAACUAAUUUGAAACCAUAUUUUAUAGUUCAAUAA